AUGAUGCAUCAAGAAAAGCCAACUAUAGCCUGCUUUGGUGCUACCGGAGGAUGUGUGGCGACAGCCUUAGCAAGCGCACUGAAAGAUGGGUAUUGUUGUACAGCUCUUAUUAGGGAUCCGGACAAGCUGCACAAAAUUCUGAUCACUCAGAAAGGCGUUCCAUCAGGUAUUGUCGACCGAUAUCUUACCGUUCAUCGGGGCGACGUGAAGGAUCCCACCGCCGUCGCACAAGCCCUUGUCAGCCCAACCGACGCCAAGUUCGUUGUUGACUUUAUGCUCAGCGGCGUCGGCUCACGCCCUACAUUUGAAUGGAGUAUUACGAGACCUCUCCCGCUGCAAGACAAAACCAUCUGUGAAGAUGCCAUCAAAGCGAUCUACACUGCUCUCUCCAAUCUUUCUGCUUCCGGUAUCACCGGCACUACCCGCUCACAGAAGCCUCUCCUUGUGGCUGUAAGCGCCGCGGGAUGCGGGAGGAAGCGAGGGAUACCUCUCCCUGUCUAUUUGCCAUACCAUUACGUUGUGGGAGGGCCACUGGCAGAUAAGCAAAAGAUGGAAGAUCUGAUCUUCAAAGAUGGAGGUCGCCAUGUACGGGACUUUGUUCUCAUGCGACCAGUGAUUUUGACCGAUGGAAAGGCAAAGAGCGAUGGGCAGCUCCAAGUUGGCUGGGAAUGGGGUGUUGUCAGUGACGAAGACAAUGUUAAAGAACCAGGGCCUAAGAUCGGAUAUCUCAUCAGUAAAGAAGAUCUUGGGAAGUGGGUAUUUGACCAUGUCAUUACAGAGGUUUUAAAGUAUGGACAGGAAUGA